AUGAAAUUAUUGUUUCUAUUAUUAUUACUUGGCAGUUCUGAUUUACAAAAUUUCUAUGCUGCGGAUGCUUAUGCAAAAUGUUCUGAAAAUGAUGUUUACAUAUUAAGAGAAAGGUCAAACAUUAGAGGGCAUUAUAAGGAUGUAGCAUCUGAAUCUAAUGGUGCUAUUAUAUCAACUGCAAGAAUUAAUAAAUUUAUCGGUUCAGCUUUUUUAGCUAGUCCAUUAAGGAAUUCCAUUUACUAUUUUUAAAACUUAAUAAAUAAUGUAGGACAUAUAUUCGCAGAGUUGCAUGAAUCUGUUAUUAUAGAACUAUUGCAAGCAUAUGAACUAAAUAGAGUGAGAUUUAGAAUGUGGGAUUAUGACGAUAGAAUUACUGAUAUACAAAUUUUUGUUAUUGGAUAAGACAGAAUUACAGAGACAGAAAUUUUUAAUGGAUUAGCUAAGGAUGUAAUGAAUAUUAAAUUUCCUGAUUAACUUGUUUCAAAAAUUAAAUUUUACAAUAAAAAUGGAGCAAAUACUGCAACCAGAAGACUUUCUGUUAUUAAAAUUUAAGCAUUCUAUGUAUUUUGA